CUCGCCUGCCACAAAAAGUUUAAACAUCCACCUGGAACUCCAAUUUUGCCAGCAACAAUACAAGUAACGUUUCCGCGCAAUAAGAAACGCCAGCGGGAUACGUCGCCACCGGAGUGUGAGGACAGAGAAAAAGUCCAAUGUAGAGUAUGCCAGAAGUUCUACGCCCACCUAGCCUCCCUCGUAAUACACUGCAGAAAAUUCCAUGAUGGAGAGGGUAUGCCACAAAAAACGAAUUUCACUAAUGGGCAAUACAAAACAACGAAAACAAGAGAUCUUCCGGCAUUAGUCUGUCCCCUCAUGUGGUCGUCAGUGUGUAUGAGUAAAUCAGGCCUAACUCUACACCGAAUGUCACGACACGGGUAUCAACCUAUUCGCGCGCACGCCAGCCAACGUGACGAAUGCGAAGAAACAGCUCUUCAUCUCUUGAGUUGCCCCGUUCUUCAUCCACUGCGAGUUCAAUUUACGAUAGUUGAUGAUGUACCCCUGAUGAAACUAUGUUUUUCUAAGCGGUUAGCAAAAUUCCUUAUUGCGGUGGAGUGGAACUACACUAUGCCAGAGUUUUCACAACCAAGAGAAACCCUACGCAGCCCACCUUCCCCACCUCUCUAA